AUGUUUCUAUCUAUCCAUCCCAGUCUUUUGAAGAGGAGUAGAGGUAUCCUUGUAAGUCUAUUUCAACUCCAUACUCCUGACACUUGUUGUUUCUAUCUAUCUCAGUCUAAUAUCUAUCUCAGUCUGUUCCACAUCAGUAACGUCUGUUACAUCUUGAUCCUGGUUCUAUGCCAUUCAUCUAUUGACCACUGCCCCCCCAAACUCUCUUCCGCUACCAAGGCAGACUCUCCUUCCUGUUCAACUGCAUCUUCCAUGCCUGAGCCAACUGGAACCGUCCAUGUCCACCAAACUGCCCUUGUCUUUCACAGACCAUCUCAGUCCGUUCACGUUCAAUAUAUUUUCUUCUUCCCUCCUGCAAUCACUUGCAGCCAUCUCCCAGGGAACAUCCUGACCCCAGUCCUGUCAAUCCAUCCCAGUCUUAUCCAUGCAUCCAUACGGAUAAUUGCAUCCCAGUCCGUCCAUCCAUCCAUCCACAUCCCACCGCUACGUCCAUCCAUAUCCCAUGUAAUUAAUCCAUCCAUCCCCAGUGAUGACAGUCUAUGGCCACCCAGUUUGUUCAUCCAUCUAUCCCAAGUAUGCAUCCAUCCCAGUCCGUUUCUGAAGCCAUAG